UCGUGACAUCGCACAGGUCAGCUGUUAUCAACCACGAAAGUCGCACGAUUCUCUCGUGGUGAUAUCUGCGGUGUUAAACUUAUUCUAUAAAACAAAUCUGUUUCACGAGCAUGCUGUAGCGGGAAGAAGAUAGUGUUGUGUUGAGGUGCCUUUUUUCACAAUGACCGGACCAUCCCGAGGUUAGAGGUUAGAUGUCUAGCAGCUGGCACUCCCGCUCGUCGCGAGUGAUCCGCUGGCGGAGAGAUCCAUCGUUCCGGUGGACCUAUAAGGCGGCUACGGCCCAUUGACCUCGCAGCAGAAACUCGUUUUGACUGUUCAAGGCACCAGAAGAAAGCAACUCCCUGGCACGUUGUCGUUUGAUGGGGGCUUUGCCCGUAUGGAAGUGAACAUCUCCGUCCGUCGCAACAAAGACAACUGUGUCACAAGCGACACCCAGAAGGUGCAAUGCGUGACGACGAGGCGCCCGCGUUUUUUCCACACGUUUAAGCUGUUUGCUCGGACGAAAAACAUGCCAAAGGACACUUGUCCGGUAGUGGCUUCCCGCAGUACUCUUGCAGGCGGAUAUCGGUUCCUCCUUCAAACAACGUGAGAUGCUAGCAGAUGGCCCAUUUGAAAGCAGUCACUCUGCAGACUGGAAGUCCUGGGAAAAAAGCAUCAUAGUGCGGUGUUAUCCACGACAAGAUUGAAGCUGCCCAUCGUCCUUACAUGAUAAAGGUGCGCGCAAGUGGUAAUGUGAGGGUCUGCCCAUGCCGCCGAAUGAAGCGAUCGUCAAGCUAUCUCUUUGCGUUGUCACAGAAAAAACCACUGUGCAGUGCUUGAUCCUCAGGAAGUGUUUAUGUGGUUAUCUGGUGGAUUGAGCUGGCUCCGCGGCGUUUGCCACUUUGUUCAUUUUAGUAGAGGUAGCAACGAUGCAAACGUUCUUCGACUAUAUACUGGAGGAUGUAACUCCGGCUGGGGCGGAAUACAAUCCAUCAAUAGCUCGGCCGUAUUGCAAGAUGUGUAAGAAGGAUGCCUGGCUAUCAUGGACGGGGAAGUAUAGUGACUACUGUAGUGUUGACUGCAUGAACAGAGAUAUGCGGGCGAAUGUCAAUUCUGAGAGAAACGCAGACCUUCCUCGCUUGCAAGAGUCGAGUCCUGAACCUGCAGAGGUUUUCCAGAGAGCCACUCUGGCAAAGAAGGUCGCCAAGGAGUUGAAAAGUGUGGCUCAAGCGAAAAAGGCGAAAGCGGAGGCACUCGCUGCCCAAGAGGAACAGGCGCAUAGCGACAAUGAAUUUCGCCUCCAACAACAACAACUCAAGCAUAUGGCAGAAGUUCUUCAGUGGGAUCGCAUGUUCUCCCUCGCAGAGAAGGAAGAUAUGAAUGAGCACUCGGAAGGAAGGAGUGGUCGGGAAACGGGAGACAACCGGAGACCGGAUGCAGAUAAACAAGUGAAUGAGGUCGACACCGAAGCUGGAAAACGAGCGAAGGCGGAAUCAAAACCCCAGUUGGCGAAGAGAACUAGUAGGCAUACCCUAGACGACGAUAAGGGGCAAGGGGGAGCUCUGCACGCUGAUGAAGAGGGGCAUGAGGAAGUGAAGAGGCCAAUAGGUGGCAAGCCGAAUCGACGACUGGCGGAAGAGGGAAGAGUAUACAAGCAGACGAUUUCAGGGGACGAUGAAUGCCGGGUGAAAGAGCGACUAGUGCAGCUGGAAACAGAAACUAGGGAGACUCACAAGCGAUUGCGGCAACUCGAAGGCAAAGCCGCGAAGUCUGAGCAAGCGAUCAAACACGAAUUAACGAGCCAUCCAGCUAAAAUGCGAGGACGGGCAACGCAAGUUACACAUGCGGACGACUCCGACAGACACAUGAGCACUAUUCGAAAUGACCAGCUCAACAGUCAGAAGGACGCUGCCAAGGCCGGGGAGACUGCCAGAAUCUCAGAUAACGCAGUGAGGAAAAGUAAGACUACUCAGGAAGGACGACGUCGGAAACUACAACCUGUUGCCGAGAGACAGCUGGAAGAACAGCGACUACGUGCGGGAUCGAAUAAUACAGAACCAUCGCAGAACAGAAACGCCCCAAAAUUUCGGAAAGAGAGCUUCUCUGAAGAGCCGACAUCUGCCACAUUUGUAGCAAAUCAGGUCAAAGAAGCAGGUGACUGUGCUGUAUGUGAGUUGCGACAGAGCAUUGUACUACCGCGAGGCCAUGCCAAAGCUAUAACGCAAGCCACUGAUUCCAAUUUGAAGAAGAAAAAACUGCACAUCACAACUGAUGAUCUUGCAAUGCUUCGGAGCGCUGCUCUGACACAACUGCGAUUGGAGAUGGAUGGUUUGAGGAAACAGGACGCCUUUAUUCGCGGCUACGUCGGCAGUUUGUGGAUAUGGCUUGACAGUGCUAAAGGAGUCAACCGUCUGCGACUCUCAUUCGGAGAUUCAUUAUUUGUCAUUGUCAGAUGCCCCACUCAGGAACAUCAGUGGAAAAAGUGGCGAUCCCGAUGUAGUCUCAACCUUCGUUGGGAUGAGGACUGGACUGUCCCCAUUAGAUACAGGAAUUAUCCUUCGCAUCGUUAUAUGCGUAUUGAGCUGUGGAAAGCAAAUUUUCGACACGAACGGGCAAGCUUCUUAGGUGAAGGACAGGUCCCUUUUCCUUGCUUUGCAACCCGAUGGAACGGCGACGUUCAGCUGUGCUGGAACACCCUCCUUGGAGGAGAUCGCAUUGACUUGGACUGCGGUCAGCUGCACUUGGGGUUGAAGUUCUCCCCGCUACGUCGGGAACGAGAAGGAACAGACGUUUGCGACACUGCGAGGGAUAGACGGAAGAUACGCCGUAUCAAAGCACUAAGUCACGAAACGAAAGGAUGGAGUAGACUUAAACUGCCAGCAGAUAAAACUGACGAAGCAGUACAAGUGAACUUGAAUUCUGCGCCUGUUGUGGUUUCGGCAGGAGCACCUGCCGUGCCAUCACUGGCACCGCUUGUGCAACCAAGUAGAAGAGCUGAUGAAUCUCUACAGGUGGAUGCCACUGCCACUGUUUCUUCGACUGCAGUUGGUGCAGAUAUUUCGCGGCCUCUUACUAUACCAGAGGCAUGCGACGGAGUACAGGCAGACGGUGAACAGCACACUGAACAGGUCUGUUCGUCAAAUAAGACGGUAUCGACCACCAACCCUACUGAACAGGUGUUGCCAAUCCCCGACGUAACCGAGGAGGUGUUAGAUACUAUGGUGCCUGCGGUGCUCGGGCAAAUGGAUGAGUACGCUUGCAGGGUAGAAGGCGUGCAUGAGGUGUUGGGUGUAGAUUUUGACAGUAGGGAUUUUCUGGACAGAACGCGUGCAUCACCAGGUUGCCGGGUUACCUGCUCCAACAGGCUGUGCUGUCGAUCAGUCAGAAGUCAGGAUAUGAGGGAUCUUUUUGAGGAAGAGGAGUUUCGAGCAUGGGGCCUCUGCUCAGCAUGUCAGCACACCGUAUUUCCGACGAAGGGGCCUUCCAAACCACCGAUCAAAGUUAUACUUGGGGAGGAGAAUGGCUCGCCCUACAGUGAGUUCAGGUUGGACAGUUCCGUACCUGUGGCCUUCCCGGACUUUGCAGUCGUGUGGCCAUCCAGCGCGCAUCUCUUUGUAGCACAGGGGUUUACCCGCCUGGAACUCCAAGAGCGGAUCCGGCAGUGCCAAACCAGGAGUGAACUUAGGGCCGUGUUGAGGGCGCCGUUGCUACGACAUUUUCUAAGGAAGGACUGGGAGUCUUUCAAAUAUCGUGCGCUGAAAGUAUGCUUGGAUCUGAAGGUAGACCAGCACCCGCGAUUGCAACUUUUGUUGUCUGGUACUGGAAACUGCCAAAUUUUUUGUCCAAAACGUGAGGACACUAUAUACAUGAGUAUCAGUGGCUCGUGCGACCUUGGGGAAGCCGUGGGGAAAAUUCUAAUGGAUAAACGCAGUGAAAUUCAGCCAUAUUAGACAUUGCAUUCGGUAAGCUUAGGGGUCGACUAUACUGGAGAGGUCGUAUCGUGACUCCAGUUUUGUGCCGUUGUGGGAUAUCGAUGACAGCGGUGUGACUUGCUGGUACUCUAGGUGGUCGCGAACAAUGCGGACUCUACAUUGGGGGCUGUUUAAACGAAUUUUUCCAGUUGCCAGAUCUAGACGUGAGGACAGGUUAUCUCGUAAUCGUGCACAGGCCGCACGCUUCCACAGUUACGUGAAAACAGUUGGAACGUCUAGCCGUGUUUACGCGACUUGUAGGUACUACUGCAGCAGCGGCGAUACUCACGCCUUCUGGUCCUUGUUCGGAGUGUCCGUGCCUGAGAGGACAGAAACACAAUUGCAUUCACCGCUGUCAACUGUGUCCCUGAACAAAAGUUCAUCUGCAUCGUGAAGCAGGUUGGACACUCGACACGAAGAACGACUGAGACGAGUUUUCUACCAGGAUCCUGCAGAGCUACAUUGGGACCCAGCGUUACAUUCAUGGUGAAGUUACUUAAAAAUAUGAUUGAAUGUGGCUUUGCGAAUAUAGUUAUUCUAGAAGAAAUGAACUGCGUCGCGAUUCGAUGCCCCACUUGUCGACAUCCGCAUGCGUAGGCAAUUUUACGCAGUGCUCGACAGACGACACAGCUUUUAUCGGUUGCAGUAGA